AGAUGAACAGUUUUACAAACAUGCUAUACAGUAAAAAAUAAUAAACAUUAAACACAAACAUAAUAAACAAAUACAGUGAGUCACGUAACUCAACCCAGUGGCUGUUGGUAUUGUUCUGCAUGAUUUAUGAGGCAAAGCUACAAAUUCCCAAUUGGCAGAUGACCGUUGCCUGUACAGCCAGUGACAUAGCAGAGACGACUCAGCUGAUUUGGUUUAGUUGUUAGCAACUGUGCUAAUCUUAAUGACUCAAGCUGCUCCUGUCUGAGUGGAAAAAUACAGCACGGAAGUGGUAUACCUUGAACCUUUGUCAGAGCCAAAACUUUUUCUAGUGAGACCGCAUGGUGUGCAGACCAAUCCGACAAUAAUUAGGUCAUAGAGGAGCCAAAAGGAAACCAUAGUUACUUUGUUUCUCACUCUGGCUCUGCUCAUGACAUGUUGUUUGUGUAGAGAUCCCGCGGUGUACCCAGCUGAGAGGAAUACUGAUCAGUUUGUUGUUGCUGUAGGCAACUCUUGGGGGAGGGGGCUUUGUGAUGGAGGGAGAAUUCCUCAAAGGAAACAGCCUUGAGGUGCCUGAUCAGGAUAACAGUCUAGUGAAGAAGACUCAGUUGUUGGACCGUGGCCAGUGGGCGAACAAGUUGGAGUUCCUGCUGGCUGUGGCAGGAACCCUGGUUGGACUGGGAAACCUCUGGAGGUUCCCUUAUUUGUGCUACAAAAAUGGGGGAGGUGCAUUUCUGGUUCCCUAUGUCCUAUUUCUUCUCUCCUGUGGUAUUCCAAUGUUCCUCCUGGAGACAGCGAUGGGGCAGUUCACAUCUCAAGGAUGCAUUACUUGCUGGAGGCAUUUCUGCCCCUUGUUUGAAGGGAUCGGUUACGCCACCCAGGUAGUGAUUGCAUAUGCUGCAGUAUCAUACAUCGUCAUCCAGGCCUGGGCAUUCUUCUACCUCUUCUCGUCUUUCAGCGCUGAGGUCCCGUGGGCCAGCUGCAGGAACACCUGGAACACAGAAUACUGCGUUGAAUUUGAUAAAACAAAUGUGUCGUCCAAUUGGACAGCAGGUGCAAACGCAACAACGCCUGCAACAGAAUUCUGGGAGAGACGAGUACUGGGUAUAUCUAAAGGGAUUGAGGAGAUUGGUAGCCUGAGGUGGGAGUUGGCCUUGUGUCUCUUACUGGCUUGGAUCCUGUGCUACUUCUGUGUGUGGAAAGGAGUGAGAUCCACUGGAAAGGUAGUUUACUUUACAGCCACUUUCCCCUACGUGAUGUUGGUGGUUCUGUUGGCUCGUGGACUCACUUUACCGGGAGCUAUGGAUGGCUUAGCUUUCUACCUUUAUCCUGACCCGACAAGGUUGGUGGACCCUCAAGUUUGGAUGGACGCAGGGGCACAAGUCCUUUUCUCUUUUGGGAUUUGUCAGGGGAGUUUGACAGCUCUAGGCAGUUACAAUCAGUAUAACAAUGAUUGUUACAAGGACACAUUUGUUCUGUGUUUGGUGAAUGGCGGGUCAAGCUUCGUGGCAGGGUUUGCUAUCUUUUCAGUUUUGGGGUUCAUGUCCUAUGAACAAGGACUGCCAAUAUCUGAAGUGGCCGCAUCCGGUCCUGGUUUGGCAUUUAUUGCCUAUCCACGGGCAGUAGCCAUGAUGCCUUUACCUCAGUUGUGGGCUAUAUGCUUCUUCAUCAUGGUAAUCCUGUUGGGUGCCGACACACAGUUUGUGAGUCUGGAGUGCCUGAUGACCUCCGUGACGGACAUGUUCCCCACUGUUUUUCGGAGAGCUUAUCGUCGAGAAUUGCUGCUGCUUUGUCUCUGCUCCAUCUGUUUCUUUCUUGGUCUCCUUCUUGUCACAGAGGGGGGCUUGUAUUUCCUUCAACUGUUCGACCAUUAUGUUUGUAGCGGCAACAAUCUUCUCCUUCUUUCAGUGUGUCAGUCGAUAGCAAUGGGAUGGAUAUAUGGUGCAGAUCGUCUGUUUGACAACAUUGAAGACAUGAUAGGUUACCGACCGGGGCCACUAAUGAAGUUCUGCUGGCUUUACAUUACCCCUGGUGUUUGUCUGGGUACCUUCAUCUUUUCAGUGGUGAAAUACAAGCCUCUCAAGUUCAACAAAACCUAUGUCUACCCAACCUGGGCUUAUGCUUUGGGCUGGUUCCUUGGACUGUUCUGUGUUCUGCUGGUACCUCUGUGGAUCAUCUUUAAAGUUACUCAGAUGAAAGGAACGAUAUGGCAGAACCUUAAUCAGCUUUGCCGCCCUGAAAUCAAGACGCACAACAACGCAGCAAAGCAACCUGAGCAAUGCCCUUUGAACCCCGACAACACUCUUUCUCCUGCUGCCAGUGAAUACAAGGGAAGUGGUGGAGUUGAGAUGGAGAUGCAAGUCUGAGAAGCUGAACAUUUCUAAGAUUUUUUUAUGUCUUUUUGUGUAGUUUUUAACUCCAGUUUUACAAGUUAAGCAUCUUUAAGAAAUUAUGAUGAGCAAUAAAUUCUUCCAGCUCUAUUAAGUUACCAAAUCAGGUCAGCAAAGUGCACAAUAGACAGACUUGUUGUGAAAUGCCUCUGCUGUAGACCUACAAUGAUUUGGUAAACACACAGUAUUGAGAGGAGUAAUGCAUUUUAAUAGGUAUAGUAAGUUAAAUCAACAUUUCCAUGUGUCAUAUGUCAGCUCCAAAAAGGAUCAUGAACUGCCAAUCUUGAUAUUCACUGUCCAUUAAAAUCCCAAUCCCAUCCCCCAAAAAACAACAAAACAAAACAAUUUUUUUUAACAAUCCCCGGCUCCAAAUGGAGUGGCAGCUCAUGUAUAGAUACAUUGCAGAAGGUCUUUAUAAGUGGAUGAUGUUGCCUUUUUUAUUUGUGGAUAUAAGCUUGAAAUAUAUAUUUGAAAUGGUUUGCCUUAUACAAGCUUUGCAGCUACAUGUCCAGCUGCAGGGCAGAUUUAAAUUUCUAUUUUCUGGCUCUAUUAGCUAUCUAUAUAAUAUAUUUACUUUGUGUUACAUUUAUUUACCAACACAUAUGUUACUAUAUUAAGCUAUAAUGUGUUGUAGCACAGUGGGGGCCAUAAACCUGAGUCUGUUAUCAAGACCAACAAACAAACUACUGCUGGCAGUACAUACCGUACAUCAUAUUAUGCUGUGUCAGCACAGCCAUCACUUCUCAUUCAGUGAUGUGGUUUAUUUACAAGAAUUCACACUCACAGUUUAUCACAUGAAGGAAUAUUCUGAGUGGUUUCACUGUGCACAAACAUUCUGCUUAAAAACACAACAGACUUAAUGCUAGUAAUACUGUUUUUUCUGAGCUAAGUUCUGACAUGGCACUGUGGUUGUUAGCCCUUGAUUAAUGAUUGCUCUGCUUAGUAAGUGGUUACUGCCAGGUUGAGUGGCAAAGUGAGGCUGAUUUCAAGCAUUUAAGCCCCUUUCUGGAUGGAGAAUGUGAGAUGAUGAUCUCUUUGAAUCACCACAAAAUCCAGUUGAAAAGUAAAAUGUAAAAAGUCAAAAAGCUAAAAAACUACUACAACAAGCUCGAAAUUCUGUUGAUAGCACUGCUACAGAUUACACUUUGCAGCACCAAAUUAAUACAUGCACCAGUUUUAAUCACUUCACCUUCAGAUUCUGGAUAUAUUUUGGAUGAAUUAAAGAACUAUAGCGCAGGGUUUCGACCCUGAUUGUAACAGUGAAGCAUUCAGAACUUGCUACGGUUCUGAUUAGAGCCUUUGGCAAGCUUCCUCUACAUUGCAACAACUGUUGAUGUUUAUGAAUACUGUAGUGCUUGAGAAAUUGGCCAUACCAAACUUAAAAAUAAUUCUUGGAGAUGAAGUUGAAAUAUUUGUAACUGACUGCCUUAACCCUAGUAUUAGGAAAUUACCCUGACCACAGUGUGUCUAUGGUGAGGAACAUUAAAGUUAUCAAAAAAAUUCAAUGUGAAUUUAAAAUGUGGAAAUGCAUCUGGAACUUGCAGCUCUGCCCAAAAUGUAUGAUUUGACAGAUGUUUUAGUGAAUGCUGUGCAAACAAAACACACAACACACAAUUAUUGGUAGUGGAUUCAGACUUUUGGACCCCAGACAUAAUAUGUAUUAUGGCAAUGUAAGAAAUUAAGUCUAAAAGUCUUAAUUGUUACAACAUUGCACCUGAAGCACAAAUCCAUGUACUGUAAUAACUACAAUAAUAUAUAGUAUAUAGUAUAGUAUUUAAGAACUAUAUGCAGUGCAACAGCUUGCACUGAGUUUGGAGUGUCAAUGGACUUAUACUGUUUUAACCUUCCUAUUGUCUUCCCAUCGACCAUGCAACUUUUGCCCUCCCGGGUCAAUUUUGACCCUGUCUGGUUUGACUGUUUAUAAAGCAUAAAUCAUAAAUUAUCAUCCAGUUCUGUGUUACACCUUUUUAGCCAUCUCCAUUCCAACUCAUUACCACAAGUUUUACACUUAUUUUUGUAAUUUAUGGUCAAUAGACCCCAUUUACAUGAAAUUAUACCUCGUUUUUCAGUAAAAAAAAAAAAAAAAACAGCAGAAAUUAUGAAUUACUCUAAGUAUAGUUGAGAUCAGAGGAAAA